AUUCACUUUGCUUCAUCAAUGAAGCAAUCAUUCUUUCCCUAAUCAAAUAAACUUUCCAGAUCACUGCAAUUUCUACUUCCUUCAUAUAUUUCUCCCUCGUAUGGGAGAAAUAGAUUUACAAGGUACCAUUUUCAAAGGCAGAGAAUAGCUGAAGCACGCCCAGGAGCUAUCGUGAUGAUGAACGGAACCAACAGCCAUUACGGCCAGGCCAACCCCUGGCAGGAAUACAAAAGCCCUGAUGGACGCGUUUACUAUUAUAAUACCAUCACAAAGGCGACGCAAUGGACCAAACCAGAGGAAAUGAUGUCACAGGCCGAGCGCGCUUUGGCGAACCAGCCGUGGAAGGAAUAUACUGCAGAAGGUGGUCGCAAGUAUUGGUAUAAUACAGAGACGAAGCAGAGUUCCUGGGAAAUGCCAGAAGCUUAUAGAAAGGCAUUGGGUCACGAAGCUACACCAUCGACACCCUCGUCUGCUACGCCAUUUACUCCCAACUCGUCGUUUCCACCGAACUCAGGCUACGAUCACCAUCGCGAAUACCGAGAGACCUUCCCUGAGUCGCGUCAGUUGACACAUGGUAGCGACUUACGUGCCCAGGCUUUUGUUCCUGCAAGCAACGAGCCAGAAUAUGCGACGCCUGAAGAAGCCGAGGCGGCGUUUACGAAAUUGCUACGCCGCAGCGGCGUACAGCCUGACUGGACCUGGGAACAGACUAUGCGAGCAACGAUCAAGGACCCUCAGUAUCGAUCUAUCAAGGACCCAAGGGACAGAAAAGCUGCUUUUGAGAAGUAUUGCCAAGAUAUGAUUAUUCAAGACAAGGAGCGCGCCAAAGAUAGACUUGCAAAACUCCGGGCCGAUUUCGCCAUUAUGCUGAAGAGCCACCCCGAAAUCAAGCAUUAUACACGCUGGAAGACAGCUCGUCCUAUCAUAGAAGGCGAAACCAUCUUCCGCUCAACCAGUGACGAAGAUGAGCGACGUCAGUUGUUUGAGGAUUAUAUUGUGGAGCUUAAGAAAAGUCACGUCGAAAGCCAAGCUAGCCUUCGCAAGAGUGCUAUGGAUGGCCUCAUCGACCUUCUCCCUAAGCUGAAUCUUGAACCCUACACGCGCUGGUCCGAAGCUCAGAAUAUCCUCAAAGCCACUGCCCCCUUCCAAAAUGACGAGAAGUAUAAGACUCUCACCAACUUUGAUAUCCUUACUGCUUUUCAGAACCAUAUCAAAGCCUUGGAGAGAAGCUUUAACGAGACGCGCCAGAAUCAAAGGAAUAAGAAGCUCCGAGUCGAGCGAAAGCGACGAGAUGCAUUCACAGACCUACUCCAAGAGCUCCGCAGAGCCGGUAAGAUCAAGGCAGGGACGAAAUGGAGCCAAGUAUAUCCCCUGCUUGAGAGUGAUGAUCGAUUUAAGUCCGUUUGUGGUCAAGCCGGAUCUAGCCCUCUCGAUUUAUUUUGGGAUGUUGUUGAAGAGGAGGAACGCGCUCUGCGUACAACUCGGAAUGAUGUGCUUGAUGUGCUUGAUGACAACCGUUUUGAGUUCACCCCUAAGACUACUUUUGAGGAGUUCUCUACUAUACUCAAGAAUGAUCGACGCACUGCUAACAUUGAUGGUGAUAUACUUAUGCUGAUCUUUGAACGGCUCCAAGAGAAGAAAUCUAAACGCUCUGAUGAGGACAGACAUACCGAACGCCAGCAGCGAAGGGCUGUCGAUGACCUCCGCUCCUAUAUCAAGCAUGUGGACCCGCCGAUUGCUGCAGAUGACACCUGGGAGAAAGUUCGGCCUCGUCUUGCUCGCGCGGCCGAAUUCCAAGCUGUUAAAUCCGAAGAUGCCCGCCGUGGAGCCUUCGAGAAAGUCCUUCGCCGAGUACGAGACCGGGAGGAUGAGGAUAAGGACCGUCAUAAACGUCGCGAGCGAUCACCUGAUCGUGGUGCUGAUCGUGGUACGUAUCGAGAUAGAGAUAGAGGUGACCGUUCUCACCGCAGUGACCGCGCACGACCUUCACGUCAUAGCCGGAGCCCAGAACCCGACGCAUAUGAAGCCGAUCGUCGUAAGGCCAUUGCCGAGCGCGAGAAGAACUAUCGUAAGUCCAGUAUGGCUGAGAGUCUAUUGUCUGACCGUCGCCCAUCGGAUUCUUACCGAGACCGUGAUAUCCGCGACCGUGACCGUGAGCGCGAUCGUGAGCGAGAUCGAGAUCGAGAACGAGAUCGGGAUAGAGAUCGGGAUAGAGAAUACCCCCCUCGGUCCCGACGUGACGAUCCGCCGAGCCAUUACGAAAGAGAAAGACGGGACCGCGAAGAGGAGCGCGAGCGACAAUAUAGACGUCGGGUCGAGAGAGCUCCCGUUGAAGAACUGCCUUACGGCGACGAACGCCCGACUUCUUCUCGACGCCGGAGGGCUGAUGAUGACGACGACCUUGAGCGUCGCGACUCUAGAGACUCAAAGAGACUAAGAAGAGAGAGAACACCGCGUGAGCGUUCCCCCCAUCGUGAGACUCGUCACAAAACUAGGACUCCGCCAGUUGUUCAACCGCCUCCGAAGGAGGAAAAGGAUAACGGUGUACAUUCGGGAAGCGAGGAGGGUGAGAUUGAAGAGGACUAGUCACUUAAUCGGUCUACACAGCAUUCUGCGUCACGCCUCAAGAUAUCCUGCCACAACCUCCAAACCCCGUUCUUCUUAAGGGAAAAUACGAAAUCGUCGUAGUCCCUUGGCUAAGGUCAUCCAUCUUAUUUCGACUUAUGCCAAGUCGAGAAUUGAAAAGUACGUGCGUCAAUUUCCGACUACGGUUCUUCUUGGAGUUCAGAUGACAUGGGACACUUGGAUGCAGCUCGGAUUUCCACCCUACCAUCGCACACUUCGCACCUACGCAACGAUGCCGCCGGCGAGGGGCAAAAGGCCACGUUUUGCUGUACGUUCCGCUUAUCGAUGCCAAUUUUAUCGUCAUUUCUCUUCACAUAAAAAACCAGGGGUUUUCUCACAAUUACGCAGGACUUCGCGGGGGAAAAGGUCAGAUUUCGGCCAAGCAAACGACGUUCCGGAAUAUGUUCUCGGUGUGUAUCAUCCAUCCCUCCUCUGCCCUUAGUAGAGAAUGUUAGUCUCCCCGGUAGAUAGCCUAAUAAUACAUGUUUUGUCUACUCUAA